CAGAGUUCAGAAGUGAUCUAACCAGACAAGACCAUUAUUAUUGGUACCUCAUUCUGAAGGCCAGGGUCUUCAUCUUCUGUCUAAUAAUAUCAUCACCGAACCACAGAGUAAUGAUAAACCCAUCAUCUGGAUCAGGAGGUGUGUGUAUGCUGGCCUCUUUGCUUUAUGGACUGGAGUUUCACAUGAACGCCUCAGAGGACAGCAAGUUUCUACAGGAGAUGCUCAUGGGCAAUACUCUGCAUCUGCUUAUUAAGGUCUAUGACAGGCUGCAGAAGUACAGGGCUCAGCGGCCUGCUCCGCUGCUGGAUAGCACACAGGGCCUGGCUCAGGAUUUGGCGGAAGAGCUGCGUGGUGUUGUCACCAGCCCAGAGACAACAGAGCUGUUACACUUGCUCUCCAAACCUCAUGUACAGGCUUUUCUCUCAGUGCAUGACAUGGUGGCCCAGAAAGAGUUUGACCCGCGGUUGCCUCCUUUGCCUCCUUUGCCUGAUAACGAUGAGAAAGAGGAAGAUUCGAUCAAGAUUGUUUGCCUGAUAAAAAACCAGGAGCCACUGGGAGCCACCAUAAAGAGGGACGAGUCCACUGGUGCUUUAGUUGUAGCUCGGGUCCUGAGAGGAGGAGCUGCUGAUCGGAGUGGUCUAAUUCGUGAAGGUGACAAACUCAAGGAAGUCAAUGGAGUUCCAAUGGAGGACAAGAACCCUGAGGAGAUCAUUCCCAUUCUAGCCCAUUCAGAAGCAGCAGUGACCUUCAAAGUCAUCCCUGGCACCAAAGAAGAGUCGGAUACCAAAGAAACCAAGAUCUUUGUGAGGGCACUUUUCGACUAUGAUCCCCAAGCAGAUCCCGCUAUUCCAUGCAAAGACGCCGGGUUGGAAUUCUGGAGAGGAGAUGUGUUGCAGAUUGUAAGCCAAGAAGAUGACACCUGGUGGCAGGCCAGACGGCACGGUGACGCCAACCUCAGGGCUGGAUUGAUUCCCUCAAGACAGCUUCAGGAAAGGAGAGUUACUUUACAGAGGCCUGAAGUUUUGUUUCACCCACCCAGAGUGUCGAAGGCAUUCGGCGACAACAUGGAAGAGGAUGUGGACUAUGGAGCGUUAAGUGGCAUACGUAUAGCUGGGUUAAGGAGAAGUUUCCGGCUGAGUCGGAGGGACAACAAUAGUCAACAGAUGAGGCAGAAGAUGAGUAAAGGACAUGCCACUAUCCAUUUACCAAUAUAUCAGGAGGUUCUGCCUCACAGGAGAAACCCUGAAGAGCCGUACCACCUUGUGAUUCUAACUGGGCCUGUCGGAGUUGGUGUGAACGAGUUAAAGAGAAGACUUCUACUUUCUGACCCAGAACACUUCAGUGUAACUGUGCCAUAUACCACUCGGGAGCAGAAAAAGCAAGAGAGAGAAGGGGUGGAGUACCAUUUUGUCUCCAAACACACUUUUGAAAAAGAUAUCCUCAACCACAAAUUUUUGGAGUAUGGUGAACAUAAAGGGAACUACUAUGGUACGAGUCUGGAUUCGGUGCGCAGGGUCAUAGCGGAGAGCAAGGUGUGCCUGUUGGAUGUGGAACCACACACCAUAGCAGCCUUAUAUUCCUCUGAGUUUAAACCUUAUGUUGUAUUUGUGAAGCCUCCACCAAUCGAGCGCUUGAGACUGAGCCGAAGAAAAGCAAAGGUUCUGUCAAGUCAGAAUGAGCAAACAGUAACAAAAAUCUUUACGGAGGAGGACUUUCAAGACAUGAUUUCCAGUGCCCAAGCCAUGGAGAAUAAAUACGUCCACUUGUUUGAGAAAGUGAUCAUCAAUGACGAUCUGGCCAUGGCAUUCACCGAGCUGAGAGACGAACUCACAAAGAUAGAAACAGAGACUCGCUGGAUCCCAAAAACAUGGGCUCAUGUCUGAGAAACCAAUUCAUGUUCACUGAACCACUUAGACUCAUAAUAACUUUUGACAAUGUUUUAGAGAUUUUCUGCAUAUAAAAAAUAUGGCACACCAUAUUAUUGUAAUUAUACGCUCAUGAGCAGUAUGCGCUGGCCCGUCAUGAAUCAACUCCAUUCAUAACUUCCUACAUAAUGGUAUACAUUAUGCUAUAUUACUGAAUGAUUUCUAUACACAAAUUGCUUUGUGCACUGUUGUGGCUUGUGUUUUAUGUUUUAAUAACUUACAGACGUUGAUUUUCCAUUAAAAAGAUGUGUUCUUAAUUUGAUUUAAGUGAGGUGGAA